CAGAGGAGGGAUCGAUGUAUUAGAUUCAGUUCAGCCUAGGAUAACUGAACUCAUGAGUUCUUGGGUUCGCACCAUCACCUCCCCCUUCAGAAAAGCUUGCACUCUCUUCAGCCCUUCCAGAGACAAGAAGUCCCAGGCUGGUAUGUCUCAAGCUUUAUCUACCUUUUGAUAUGAUCACCAUGGCUUGAAGCUUCAUGGGGAGGUGAUGGCUUGCUCGUAUGAGGAUGUCCGAGUGAUGUGGUCCAUCCUUGACAAGUCCAGGCCCAGAAACCAUAGCUCGAGCUCUUCAGACGGCUACGAUGGUCGCCCAGAGGAGUACGUAGAAGAACACGUACCGUACCCGGGCAAGCAGAUGCAACUUAAGUUGCAUGCCCAAGGUAUAGGUAUGUAAAUCAUAGUUUGGUAGGAAAGGAGAGGUAUGAAGGAGAUGCCCAAAAAUGUGUCUUCUUUAUUAAUUAGUUUUAUGGAGAAGACAACUCCCUGUAAUUGUUCUUUGCCAUGUUGCUUUAAUUGAAUCCCCAUGGAUAAUGUUGAACUCCAUGGUGAGAUUUGGUGAACUUUUGGUUUGUAUGACGUGUGCUUUUAGUAAAAAACGCAUUAUUAAUUGAAUCCCCUCAAAAAAAAAAAACAUUAAGCAUUAUUGAUUGAAAUGAAAA